UGAUAGAUUCGUCAGGGUGUAUAGUCCAUAACCUCUGACAGACAUUCGUCUUUGUAAAUUGUAAUUAGAAUUCUUGAGCUGACGAUAAAUGAAAGUGUUGUUUACAUUCCGUGAAGUUUGCGGCUCGUGCGUUUUGUGUCUGGAUCCUCUUCCUAACGGAAUUUCUGUGUGUUAAUGAACAUGGGGGAGGUAAAGUUUUUCGUGUGCAAACCUAGUGAAAUAUGUGAAUUGUAAUUGAAUUAAAAGUGUUUUGCGGUGUUUGUUCGGAUGCUGGCGUAGGAUUGCCAUGUCCAGACUCGUGGACUACUUCGUUAUUGUGGGUUUUGACCACGAAAAAGAAAGGGGCGGCCUGAGCAGCGGCAUAAUCCUCCAGCGAUUCCCUGAAAACAACUGGGACGACACACCAUUCCACGACGGCAUAGAAUGGUUCUGCCAACCACAAGGAUGGGCGCUAUCAACGGAGAGGUCGGAGCCUCGGUUCUACGUGUCGGUGCUGACCGACGUGGACGCCAACCGCCACUAUUGUGCCUGUCUCUGCUUCAACGAGACCGUAGCCAUCACACCCACCAAGCCCGCAGACGAGGACGAGGAGCCCCUGGAGUGUUCGAGGCCGGUCGCCAACAUCACCCACCACAGUAUCAUGUAUGCUCCCAAGUGCCUUGUCAUCGUCUCCCGUCAGGACUACAUAGACACUUUUCGGAAUUGCCUAGGCAUCAUCUACACUGUGUGGGUAGAGAACCUGGGCGUUCCUCUGGAGACGCUGGUGGGUAAUCUCCUGGGCUGCGUGCUGGUUCCACCUGCUGGCGGCCCUCAAGUGCGAUUCAGCAUCGGUGCGGGCGACCGCCAAGCGCUGCAGCCACCUGCCACACCGCCCUUGCCCGUCACUCACACUGCUGUGCACAUGCUGCUCAGGUUGCUUGGUAUCCACAAUUCGGUAACCUUGUGGUGUGCAGUGAUGAGUGAACAGAAAGUGCUAGUUGUGUCGCUAGCGGGUGCCAGACUGGCAGCCGCGUGUCGCGCGCUAGCGGCCCUCAUGUUCCCCUUCAGAUACGCACAUGUGUACAUACCGCUACUGCCUGCGGGAUUGGCUGAAGUGUUAGCUACGCCGACGCCGUUUCUUAUUGGUGUUCACUCGAGUCUAAAGGAAGAAGUAUCGGAACUGCUGGACGUUAUAGUAGCAGAUUUAGACGUCGGUUCUCUCCAUAUACCUGCCGGCGUGAACAUUCCUCGGCCGGAGGGAAAGCUUCUCUCAUCGCUACAAGAGGCAUUAGCGUUAGUACUGCAACCGGAGCUAGGGGCUGCGGACUCUGCCUUUGCCCCGCCCCCGCCGCUCUCGUCACCCCCACACAUGUUGGAUAAGGAAAUUAGAGCUGUUUUUAUGAGGACCAUUGCAAGAUUAUUACAAGGUUAUAGGCAUUGUCUAACAAUAAUAAGGAUACACCCCCAGCCAGUGUUGACCUUCCACAAAGCUGGGUUCCUUGGUGCGAGAGGUCUAUCACAGUGUCCGUUCGCGCCAAGACUACUUGAAUCAAUGUUCUAUAAUGGCUUCGUAGCGGAACGAGGCCCGCCUUGGCGACCCACUGACAUAUGGGACGAGUUACUACAAAACUUACCAGAACAGUUAAGAAUAGAAGCUUUAAACCCAGACCUACAGUUACAACACAUACAAGACUUGGCUAUGCAGUUACAUCUUAAUGAAAAUCCUAAUCCACAAGCGUAUCAACAGAGAAUAUUACGGCCGCCAGAAGGUGCGUCGCAGCGGAUACACCAACCGCCGCUGCCUUUAUUAGACGCUACGCGAGUCAGAGAGGUUAUUGAAGAAGUCACAGCACGGAAUGCCAAUAACCCAAAAUUGUCAGCGUUGCGGCCGCCACAACCUCGGAUAGUACCGCCAGCUGCACCACCCACCGGUGCCACUGAAUUUGGACCCUUAUUGCUUACCAACUCGGCUAGACGAUUAGAGGUGCUUCGCGCGUGCGUGGCGGCCAUCUUCGAGUGCCGCUACGCGGAUGCGCGCAAGUCGUUCCCCGCCGUGCUGCGCGCGCUGCGGGCGCCGGCUGCGCGCGCAGCGCUAGUGCGCGACCUAGCUGCGCGCCUGCCCAACAACAAGCACCUGCUGCAGCACCACCAGUUCGAGCUCGUCACCAGAUUAAUGAACUGCGCAUUGCAGUCGGCCACGGCAAUAGACGAGCAUUCGAUAGCGGCGGCCAUGUUACCCCUCGCCACUGCCUACUGUCGAAAACUGUGCACCGGUGUCAUACAGUACGCGUACAUGUGUAUACAGGAGCAUCAGGUUUGGACGAGCCAGCAGUUUUGGGAGGCAGCGUUCUAUCAGGACGUUCAGAGAGAUAUUAAGGCUUUGUACCUGCCCAGUCCUGCGCAUCACCCGAGAGUACCUAGUCCAAGGGACAUGGAUUUGUGUCGUGACGACGAAGAAUACAUAUCGCUGUUAAAAGCCCAGGAGCCGAGCGCUCUUGAAAUUGCUGCCGAGCAAAUGAGGCUGUGGCCGAGUUUACCACCAGAAAAACAACGCGAAUUAAUAGCAUCGGAAGAGUCGACGUUGUACAGUCAGGCGAUCCAUUACGCCAAUAGAAUGGUGUACCUUUUGCUGCCGUUAGAGGGCGCUGGACGGCGGGCGGAUGCGCGGGGAGGUGACGACGACAGAGCCAGCAACAGUAUUACUAAUAGUGUGGCAGAGUCGGACAGUGCAGACGCGGAGUCAGGUUUCGAAGAAGCGGACCCAGGAGAAGCGGGGAACAAUGUAAUCAAAAUGGUCUCACGAUUUGUCGAUAAAGUAUGCACAGAAGGUGGUGUGACGGCAGACCACGUGAGAUGUCUUCAUCAGAUGAUCCCUGGAGUCGUUCAUAUGCAUAUGGAGACAUUGGAUGCCGUUGCUAGAGAGAGUCGGAGAUUACCGCCUGUACAGAAGCCCCGAAUAGUGGCGCCUGCGCUAAUAGCGGGCGAGGCGAUCUCGGUACCUGCUUUGCGAGCGUAUCUAGUAGCUGACGGAAGAGAAACUCCUCUUCUGCCUGCAGAGGGCGCUUUAUUCCUCACCAAUUACAGGGUCGUUUUUAAGGGAGCGCCUACUGAUCCCUUCGCGUGUGAGCAAACAGUCGUCCGGUCGUUUCCGCUGGUGUCACUAACCCGCGAGAAAGCCGUCCGUACUCACUACCUACCCCACCUGGAGCAGUCCUUACAAGAUGGCUUGCAGCUACGCUCUGCCACGUUCCAGCUAAUCAAGGUGGCAUUGGACGAGGAAGUGAGCAGCGAGCAAGCCGAAGCGUUCCGCAAGCAACUGGCGCGGGUACGGCACCCCGAGCACGUGACGAUGCACUUUGCAUUAGCGCCGAGGCCAGGACCCAAACCCUCCGCCACUGUCAGCAAACACAACACACUGAAGGGUUUUGCGAAGAAAACGUUGCUGAAAACAGCGCGGCGAGCCGGGCUGAAACCGAAGCCAUCUAAGCGACAGAAAUAUGUGUUGCCGUCAGCGGACGCGAGGUCCUUGACCUCACCGCCACUUAUGUCUUCCUUGUCAGCUGAUACUUUGUCACUGGAGGAGCUGGAGCUGGCGGGCGCGGAGCCGGCCGAGCCGCCGGCGGCGCGCACGCUGGAGCGCGUGCGCGAGCGCAUCUACGCGCGCGACUGGGCACGCCUCGGCCUGGCGCACGCGCCCUUCCGUCUGGCGCACGCCAACGCCGUCUACACUCUCUGCCGGAGCUACCCGGCCGUGAUACCAGUACCUUCGAGCAUAGGAGACGAGUCUUUGCGGAGGAUAUCACGAUGUUACCGUCAGGGACGGCUGCCGGUUAUCACGUGGAGGCAUUCAAGAACACACGCGCUCUUGGCAAGAUCCGGAGCGUCCCACCAUAAAGGCGUGAUGGGCAUGCUUAAAGCCAGCCAUCAGAAUCAGGGUGCUACACAAAGUGGCACUGACGCGCCAUCUAGUGUAGAACAGGAGCGGUACCUCGCGACGUUGGUAGCAUGCACGCCGGCUUCGCGCGGCGAGCUGGAAGACUCGAGUCUAAGCCUGGACUCGCUGCUACUGUGCUGCGACGACCAGCCGACGCACACGCCGCUGCUCACCAAAGCUGCCGGGACUCUCAGCGUUCUGGGUCGUGGCAGCGGCGGCAAGGGCGGCGCUGCAGCGAAACACUUCGGCCGUUGGGGUUCGCUUAAGGGGAGACAACCAUCGCACCUCGACCUUUACGCGCCCAGACAGAGACUGUCCACUGCCGAUCUCGAUUCAGUGUCGGGUGAAGGGCCCCCGUCGCGCCGUGCGGCGCUGUACGUACUGUCGGAAAAGGGUGGCGGCGGCGGCGCCGGCGUGUCCGGCUGCGAGUACGUGCCCGUGGAAUAUCCCGACACCAGAGCCACCAAACACGCCUUCAAGAAGCUCAUGCGCGCUGCGGUUCCAUCCACGCCUGCUGCUCCCGAGGAGCCUGGCUUCCUUAAACUUAUCGAAGAGUCGGGAUGGCUUUGGCAGCUGAGACAGCUGUUCCAAUUGUCCGGUGCAGUCAUUGAUCUGCUGGACCUGCAAGGAUCUUCGGUGCUGUUGUCGCUUGAAGAUGGAUGGGAUGCCACCGCGCAGAUCUCAUCACUGGCACAAAUUUGCUUAGAACCGUAUUAUCGCACACUGGAAGGAUUCCGUAUAAUCGUGGAAAAGGAAUGGCUGGCUUUGGGCCACAAGUUCCAGCAACGGUCCAACAUUGGGCCCACGCCGCAGCAGGGUUUCACGCCUACAUUUCUUAUGUUCUUGGACGCCGUGCAUCAGCUGCAGAAGCAAUUCCCCCUGGCCUUCGAGUUCAACGAGUACUACCUGCGGUUCGUAGCGUACCAUACGGUGUCCUGCCGCUUCCGCACGUUCCUGUUGGACAGCGAGGCGCAGCGUGCUGACCUGGGCAUGACUGCCGCUGAUGAUAAACGCCAGGAUACCUCGCGCAUGGGUGUAGAGACUGGUGCGGGGUCAGAAGAAGAGUGCGGUGGUGGGGGGUACGGAGGCUCCGGUGGAAGGGCCCCCGCCUGCGGACUCAGCCUCUUCGACUACAUCGACAGGCAUCAUCAGAAGGCGCCCAUCUUUUACAACUUCCUUUACACGCCUGAUCUUGAUAAUCCCGUCCUCCGACCAGUCUCGUCAGUAUGCAGUCUCGAAGUAUGGGAGUACUACUGCAGCGAGGAAUUGUCGCACGGCGCGCCGUACGACUUGGAAGCGUUGCCGCCGACAGAGGCCGACUUGCGUCCGACGCCACGACGACUCGUUACUGCUGGUUAUGACAGUAUAGCGAGAUGUAUGCCCGACUCGUUCAGCGGUUUACUAGAGCGGAUUCGGCAGCUGGAGCUAGAGCUGGGUCAUCUACCGCAGAAGUGGCGCGUGCGCUGGGAACAGCUAGAGCUACCUAACACGCUGGAGUUACAGAGAGUGUCGUCGAUGUCGUCUGGCGUGGUGCGGCGCGCGACUCUGGCCAGCCACAAGCGCGGCACGCUGGAGGUGCUGGUGCGCGGGCGCCUGGCCGCCGCACCUUCAGCGGCGCCGGCGCACCGCUGGGCGCCCGCCGCCACGGCCGCGCCCGCGCGCUGCGACCACUGCGGGGACCUGCUCUGGGGGCCACUCAAGACGGGCGUGCGUUGCGUGGACUGCGGCGCGGCUUGCCACGAACGCUGCGCAGACGCCUACGCGUUGCCGUGCACCAAGUACAAGGCGCCGCCGCCCAACGACCGAGACAAGGACAAUCGCCAUAACAAUAACAACAGCGUUGGUACCCUGCAAUCGUCGUCGCAGCAGUACUACGAGCAGUUCUCGUCCAAUGUGGCGGAGAACCGCACGCACGAAGGCCACCUCUACAAGCGCGGCGCUCUGCUUAAGGGCUGGAAGCAACGAUGGUUCGUGCUGGACUCGAUCAAGCACCAGCUGCGCUACUACGACGCGAUGGAGGACUCGCACUGUAAGGGGUUCAUCGACCUGGCCGAGGUGAUCACGGUGACACAGGCGCCGCCCGCGCCAGGUCCUCCCAAGAAGUGUGACGAUAGAUCCUUCUUUGAUCUGCGCACGAGUCGCCGCACGUACAACUUCUGCGCCAGCGACGCGAACGCCGCGCAGGAAUGGAUUGAGAAGCUCCAAGCUUGCCUGCAGUAACGUAAUUUAGCUUAUACAUGAAAGUACUCAACACGGUUCCUAAACUCGGUAAAAAGUAAAAAAAUCAUUUUUAACUUGUCACAUAUUUCUUGGACUGUUGAUUCUUGGAACAGAAAUGGUAAUUUAAUUAUGUUGGUAUAUUAUGACGCGUAUAUGUCUACUGUACUGUAUCAAGCCAUGUACAUCCUACUGAUGGGCACGGGUUUCCAUUCAGUUACUUAAAUCCUGGAUGGCUCUAUAUCUUUUAUAAUUAUAUCAUUAGAUUAUUAUUUAGAUACUUGCUCCCGUAGCUGACAAUUUUUGUAUGAUUUCAUACAAAUGGAAAUUAUGGAUUUUUUCCAUCCGGCCAGUAUGGCGGUUAUCCCGUGCCCAGCAGAAGGACUUACAUCUGUGAUAUAGGUGUAAGAAAUUAUCCGUUUAAGAUAUAAAAAAAACGUUGCACUUUGUUGCAUGUACGUUAUGUUGUUGAAAGAAAUAUUAAAAUAAUUGAAUGAAAUAUUUGGAAAGAAAUAUUGCACUCAAUAUUUGUAUGAAUUUUGUUCAAGUUGUGUUGAACAAAAGAAGAAGGCGCCCUUACACUUGCGUUAGAAAUACAUCAACAGAAUUGAAGUUUGUUUCAAAGAGAAAGCCAAAAAUUGAGAUUUUUUAUACAUUAUGCCAUAUUGUACGACUACGUUCUUUCUAGUGUUUAAAUAUUUAAACAAUACCAAUAAUUUUAAUUGGUAUCAUUGUCUACGUUACGGGUAAAGUUAGAAAUAUGGGUAAUUAUAUGACUCAUAACAACAUAACAUUGUUUUUUUUUGUAACUGUUAGAUCUUUAUAUUAAUCAUUAUAACAAACUAAUGGAGUAAUUUCACAAAAAAUAAUUG